AUGUAUCGGCUUUUUAUUGUGUCGUUGUGUUUCGUGUUAAGUGACAGCCGGUGUGUUACUGUCGACUUCGAGAAGGGGUUAAGUGAUGAUUUCACUAACCAGAGCAGUCUGUGCGGCGGCCAGGGGAUGUGGAAUGAAGGCCGCUAUGCGGACAUAGGUGUGACGCCUCCCCACGAAUUAAGCACGAAGUUCAUUUCACCGAAUACUGUAUUGAGCUGCAUUGGCUCGUUCGCGUUCAAUAUAACAGCGGGAGGGAUUAUCGAGGUCAAUAUUUUUAUGGAUACGGACAAACAACAGGAUCUUAUAUCGAUAAUAGUGAACGAAUUUGCCGGAAAUAGUGAGGCGACGGUGGCACAAUUCAUGUUGGGGCCCGGGACACCAGGCUUCAUUCGUGGCUGGAACUCCGUGGCUAUGAAUAUGGGCAGUUCUGGCACUUACAGGGGAUAUGUAACAAUGCUAGGAGUGGCUGCAGCGGACUCUAUAGUUCUUGUUGACUCAUUCAGAUAUAUUCCUCCAAACUAUGACGGUGAGUGUAACAUCUACGAGUAUGAAGUAACCACAACAACACCGGAAGUGACCACAACAACAACACCGGAAGUGACCACAACAACAACACCGGAAGUGACUACAACAACAACACCGGAAGUGACUACAACAACAACACCGGAAGUGACUACAACAACAACACCGGAAGUGACUACAACAACAACACCGGAAGUGACUACAACAACAACACCGGAAGUGACCACAACAACAACACCGGAAGUGAUCACAACUACAACAACACCGGAAGUGACCACAACAACAACACCGGAAGAAACAUCAACAACAACACCGGAGGUGACAACAACAACAACACCGGAGAUAACGACAACAACAACACCGGAGAUAACGACAACAACAACACCGGAAGUGACGACAACAACGACGCCCGAAACAACAAUAACAACACCGGAGGUGACAACAACACCGGAGAUGACGACAACAACCACGCCGGAAAUAACAACAACAACACCGGAGGUGACAACAACACCGGAGAUGACUACAACAACAACGCCGGAAAUAACAACAACAACAACACCGGAGGUGACAACAACUACAGAGAUGACGACAACAACAACACCAGAAGUGACAACAACCAUAAUGCCGGAGAUGACGACAACAACAACACAGGUGACAACAACAACAACACCAGAAGAAACAACAACGACGACACCGGAAGUGACGACAACAACAACACCUGAAGUGACAACAACAACGCCGGAAGUAAUAACAACAACAACACCAGAAGUGAUCACAACAACACCACCACAAUGGACAACUACUACAACACCGGAAGAAACAACAACAACAACACCUGAUGUGACAACUACCACAAUACCGGAAGUGACUACUACUACAACACCGGAAGUGAUUACUACUACAACACCGGAAGAAACAACAACAACAUCACCGGAAAUUACAACAACAACACCUGAUGUGACUACUACCACAAUACCGGAAGCGACUACUACUACAACACCGGAAUUGAUUACUACUACAACACCGGAAGAAUCAACAACAACAGCAAUAACACCGGAGGAGACACCAACUACAACUACACCGCAAGUGACCACAACGACAACACCAGAAGUAACCACAAUUAUAACAACACCGGAAGAGUCAACAACCUCGCAAGAAACAACAACUACACAAUCGGAAGAAACAACAACAACAACAAUACCGGAAGAAUUAACAACAAUACCUGAGGUGACAACAACCACACCCCAAGUGACAAUUACUACAGAAGAAACAACAACAACGACAACACCGGAUGUGACCACAACAACAACACCGGAUAUCACAACAUCUACAACACCGGAAGAAACAACUACAACAACAAUAUCUCCAGAAGAAACAACAACUACUACAGCGCCCGCGACAAUAGAACCGGAAGUGUCAACUACAACCACUCAAAUAACAACCACAGCACCAGACGUUACGACUAUAACUUCAACACAAGAAACAACAACAACAACACCUAACGAAAUAACAACGACUGUUGAACAGACAACUAUAGAUUAUGAUACUACAUAUUCAACAGAAUAUACGAAUGACUAUACAACAGAAAUAGGGUCUUCAGCUUUUACAGUAGACACAACAGACACGCCAAUAAUAACAAUAACUCCAACUGAUGCAACUACCCUAACACCGGAAUACUCAACGGCUACUCAAGAAACAACCUUAGGUUAUAUAACAACUACACAAGAAACUUCAACCGUAUCAACAGUAUCGACUGACGAUGAUUUAGAUACAGAUGGUCCUUAUACAGAAACAGAUAUGUUUUCUACGUCUGAUUAUACAUCCACCCAAUCUUUCUCAACCCCUACAACCGAAGGAACUACCUCUGACAGCUCUGGCGGUGGGACAAACGACCCAACGACUCCAACAGGAUCCCCUACAGGCUCUACAAUCGAGUCAGAACAUAUAACUACAACGGCAACCCCAGUAACAGGAACGCAAGAAACUGACGAAACAUAUAGGAAUCCAGAUAUAACUACAUCAGAAUGGACUUUAACUACAGGAGACACAACUGACGGGCAGAUAUACACUACACUCUCUACAACAGAAAGUCCUAUUAUAAUCGAAGAGAAUUGUUACAGUUUUUGGAACGCUUUCACCAUAACGAUGGUGACGUUACUUUGUCUUAUAAUGGUUAUUAUAAUUGCUAUUGUUAGUUAUUAUUUAGGAAGACGGAAAGGUCUUAUAAAAAGUUCUCUAUUUGUUGAUUUAGAUUUACCCAGGCCGUAUCGAAUUCCCAGAGUUACGAAAUUAGAAAAGAAUGCUAUUUUGUCCAAUUUGGUUUAG